AUGUCUACAGCGGUUAUUGUGUUUGGGUAUUUGUGUUUUAUCCUGCUUACAAAUACAAAAUGUCAAAGGAUUGAGGCGAUGAGUGAUUCCAGUGACCCAGAUGUAUUCGGUGGCGCAGAUCAAUACGACUUCUCUAUCAUUGUUCAAGGAGGUGGACAGGAAUGUUUCUGGCAGUACGCGGAGCAGAUGGGAUAUUUUUACUUCAGCUAUGAAGUUCAGUGGGUGAUGGGAAUACAGAAUAGUAGAGCCAUCACCGUCUCAAUUAAUGCCCCGAGUGGAAGCUUGAUAGAUACAUCUGCUGAGGCAAGUGGGCAAAUCAACUUUAAAACCAAUGAGUCAGGGUUUUACCAGUUCUGUUUGAAUAACUUUUUGACCAGCUUUGGAUCGAAGCAGAUCUUUCUCAACUUCGGUGUUUACUAUGACAGAUUUGAUGACAAAAAAAGAGAAAAUCUAGAAAGAAUUGGAUUGAAUGACACAGUUUCUGCAAUUCGGGAAACGGCUAUGAAAGUGGAGAACUAUGUCUUCCACAUGUGGAGAUACUAUAACUUUGCCAGAAUGCGUAAAGGAGCCGAUUACUUUCUUGGUUUAGCAAACAAUAAUUAUGUGACCUGGUGGUCAUUAGCUCAGAGUGCAGUCAUUGUUUUAUCUGGUGUUCUACAAGUUUAUUUUGUGAAGCGCCUGUUUGAUGUGAAAAAUACCACUCCAACUUCAAAACCUAGAUGUUAGAUGAAGUUAUACUCCAAGAAUGUAAAGGUUUUCAGGUCAUUGCAAUAUUAAAAAAA